AUGAGAGCACAACUUACCAGUAUGGAGGAAAAAAAUCUGAUAGAAUGGCUGGAAAACCAAAACGAAGAACCAAUAAGCUCGGUAAAAGAACAAAACAUUACAAAAGACAACCAGAAGUGCCCUAGCUGCCAAAGAAAAGUGGCACAAGCUCUCACGGAGCUGGGCGAGUGCGACAAUUUUGCGACCUGGACGGAAAAAAGCGAGAAAACAUGGGAGGAAAACAUAUUUACGAACCCUGAAAUAGUAGUUGGAAAUCCUUUAGCUACAAAGGACGAGAUCGUAAAGGUGGUACUGGUAGGGAAAAGUGAAGCAAACAUGGACAGAGGGGUACAGAAAAUCUACAGGGAUAGGUAUCCAGAACUGGAACAUAUAAAAGAGGAUUUCGGCAUGCUAGAACAAGAUUUCCGAAUCAGAACCAAAACGACGAAUACAACAAAAACAAGAAAAAUAAUAAAAAUAACUCACAACGAAACAGAAGAAGAUUUGUAUAAUAAAAUAUCCGACCUAAAAACAGAAUUGGUGACGGAAGAAGGGGUGAUCCUCCAUAAAGUAGAAUGUAUGCAACAAACCCGAUUCCGGAAAAUGGUAGAGGCCAUCUUCCACGGAACAUCAACAGCGGCAUACAUCUACACAAAUAAAAAAUUAGAUACUGCCAGUGAGAAACCGCGAAGACAAGGGAGAGACUCAUAUGCAUCGGUAGUAGAAAAUGCGGGGAAAACUUUUAGUGAGAGCCUGACAGAAAUUAAGGCUAUACUAAAGACAAAUAAUGCGGAAAAAGGAAUUAGAGGAAUUAGAAGCACCAGGGAAGGAAAACUUCUUAUCACAACAGAGAAGGAUAAACAAACGACGUAUACUCAUACAAGACAACAACAAGCAUCAAUUGAAGCAAUAGAUAAAAAUGGCAACGUAUAUUUCCCUUUGUUAAUUACUGUAGAACUAGCUAAAUGGGACCCUAGAGAAAAUUAUGAAGUAGAGAAUUUUGAAAUUAUAGCUAAUGACAAGCAGACAAUGCAGUUUCCUACUGCUUUGAAGAUUAGACUUUACAGAGGAGGGCCAAGUGAAGCUCUUUGGAUGUUUGCUACAGCUGAACAACGUUACGAAGUUAAUAAAUUAAAUGGAACUGUUACUAAUUUUAGAUUAUUUGUGACAAAGUUGUAAUUUAUAGAUUAACAAGAUUUGCUUACUCUAUACGGACCUACUAGAUAUCAAUAAUAAAGACUACAGACCUGAGAUAAAACAACAAAUGCUUAAACAAAUUCAACGGAAUCGUUAAAAUUCUACAUAGAUUUUAAUAAAAUUCUCAAUUGAUUUUUGAUUUGAUUUGAUAUAAUCAGUUUAAGACUGGCAGGCAUUGGACACAGCUACAAUGUCCGAUCACUGCAGCUCACAUUUAAACUUGAAGGGGGUGUAACCUUGAAAUACAACUUAUAUCCAGAAAAUAAAGAAAAACGUUCUAAGAACUCUUGUGAAAAUCUCGCAUCGCUACUCAAAAUAAUAAGGUAGAUACGCCUGAAAAAAGUUUUGUCUCGCGUGACAAUGAAAAAAUUCGC